ACAAGCACUUCCUGUAUGAAGUUCGCAGCGGGUGAGAGGUCAGUAAACGCAGAGGCGGCUCAUGCACCGAACCACACAACCACUGCAGCAUCCCGGGACAAUGUGACCCUUCCCGGAUCACCUUCAUUAGCCAAGUGCAGCUGGGCCGAGCUGAAAGCCGGGGGGAGCGGAGUUAAGCAGCACGGCGAGGCGUUGUCCCCGAGCCCCGGUGCUGAGUGGAUCAUGCGCCAGUGGAGUCUCCGCGCUGUGGCUCCGCGCUCUGAGCCGCUCCCCACGGGCCGCGUGUCCCCGCAACUCUCAGGAGGAUCUCUUCUCACAGAUGCCAGGAUGGAGUGCUGUGAUGUAGAGCCACGCUACACGAUCGAGCAGAUCGACUUGCUUCAGCGCCUCAGGCUGUCCGGCUUGACCAAACCUCAGAUCCUACAGGCUCUGGAGUCUCUAGAGAGACUGGAUCCAGAGCACCGUUCGCCUUUCUGUGACAAUCACUCAGCCCCGCCCAGGGCUCCUACCUCUGCAGCUCCGGCUGCACCUUCAUCCUCAUCCUCCUCAUCUUCCUCUCUCACCUCAGCUACCACACAAACUCCGGUUCUAGAUGCUGCACUUUCCCCCAGCAACAGUUACGAUGCCUCGUCUCCACCCCUGUACCCACCUGGAGGAGUUCAGAGAUCCUUCACUUAUGACCUUGCAGAAGAGGACUGGGAUCUGGAAGAGAAGGUGGAGGAAUACAUGAGGAGGGACAGUAACCUGGUAAAGGAGGAAAUCAAGGCUUUCCUCAAUAACAGGAGGAUCUCUCAGGCUAUUGUCGGCCAAGUUACAGGUAUCAGUCAAAGCUACAUCUCUCAGUGGCUGCUGCAACAGGGCCUGGAGAUGAGCGACUCCAAGCGCAGGGCUUUUUACCGCUGGUAUCUGCUGGAGAGGAACAGUCCAGGGAUCAGAUGGACUGAAAACCAGCAUGCUCAGGGCACCAGGAGCAGGACUGACACCCCCUGGAGUAGACAGAGAGAACUACUGAUGCACCUGCUCCCUUGGUACUCUGCACAGCAGGCCCAGCCAGGUGCUACUCUGUCCAUGCGCUCGCUGGUCAAAGAGGAACCUGACUGGAGAGUUGCCGGUUGCCCCGGAGACAGGGCGGCUGUUGGGGGACCUUUCAGACUGAGGCGGGGCAGCCGUUUCACUUGGAGGAAAGAGUGCCAGUCGAUCAUGGAGAGUUUCUUUAUUGAGAAUCAGUAUCCUGACGAAGCCAAACGAGAGGAGAUCGCCAACGCCUGCAACUCUGUCAUCCAAAAACCAGGGUGCAAACUUUCUGAGUUUGAGAGAGUCACUGCACUGAAAGUGUACAAUUGGUUCGCCAAUCGCAGGAAGGAGAUGAAGAGACGUGCCAACAUAGAGGCUGCCAUUCUGGAGAGUCAUGGCAUAGAAGUACCAAGUCCCAGCUGUCACUCUAACGGUGAAGAGGUUGAAAACCAGGAGUUUGGAGAACAGGUUGCGAGUCAGCGAUUUCCAGAUCAGGAAGAGCUUGCUCAGAGAAAAGUGACUGAGCCCGAUGGAGCCAUACUGCCUGCAGUGGAAGUAGUGCCUCUUCCAAGCCCUGCUACGCAACAUGUGGAUCAGAAGAUUGACGAAACGAAAAGGGAAGCUGCGGAUGAGGAAUGAGCGGAGGGAGCAGUGUGCUUAACGUUUUAGAGGCUUGAAAUCGUGCCGCUCACUGUCCCUCUUCGCUACCUUGGAGGAGGACGUGUGUGUAUGGCAAGACACCAAAUUGCCUCUAGUGCUAGAGAGGCAAUUGUAUGUAUCUACAGUAAUCAUGCUUGUAGUAAUGGCAAUAUUUAUCUCUAUACACUGUAUUGUGCAUUCCAAGAAGUCUUAAUGCAUCUUUUAAGAGGAAAAGACAGUUAUGGUGCAGAAUGGUAACCUUCCACCUCAUGCUAAAGCCUCCACACACACACACACACACACACACACACACACACACACACACACACACACACACACACGCACGCACACACACACACACACACCUCUUCUCACUAUUCUCAAGUGUACCAGUUUGACAAUAGAUGCCUCAUGCGAACAGGGGUAAGGAAUGGGAGAGAAACCUGCAGGACAGGUGUUUGGAUGUGAUGACGAGGUGCACUAAAUCUGUGGUGCUCCUGCGCAUGCAGAAAGAAAAGUGUUGAGAUUUCUUUAGCCAUAUGCAAUAGUUCUCAAUUGAGACUGGAACCUGAUUGCCACCAUUUACUCAGGUAAAGCUACAUUAGAGAAUUGAUUGAGAAGCAGCCUCAUAUUAACUCACAAAUGCUAAUAUCACUUCUGAAAUGAAGUCUUGGGUAUUGUGAAUACAUAUGUCAUGUCUCAUGUACACGUCAUGCAUCGUUGUUUAUACGUCUUUCUUUUUUUUUCAAUCUUUAAUAAGCCAAGCUAAUCAUUUUUUCCCGUGUGAUCUAGCCAUAAUAGCGCAGGGUCAUGACUUUCCAAUCUUUUUAUAUUUAACCACUACUUAAAGCCUCUCUGUUAUGCAGUCAUUUAAGCUAUUGUGAUCUAUGACUGGUGUUUGGGCUCUAAAUUGUUCAUUUUUAAGAAAAUGUUUUGCUAUGAGCACCAUUAUUCCUUUAAUAAGCUAAUGCAGUAUUAUAACAACAUGUAACUCUAACAGAUUUAGAAUCUAAUGUAAAAAGCCUAUUUCCGGUGGAGGAUCCACUGUUUUCUCUUUGAAGCCAAAGGUAUGUCCUGGAAAUCAGAUCAUUUACAGAGAUGCUUUUUAUAAAGUCUGCGGCAUAUGAAAUAGUCUGUCCCUGGGAUAUGCGUGCUGAAAUGAAAAGUGCUCUGAGCAUAGGAAGACUUUAAAGCUAUGAUAUUUCAGGCCUCAGCUCUGUAUAUGAAAACAGGAAGAAGUGUUGCACGCUUUCAAGAUCCAUUUCUGUCUGCAUUUCCCUGAUGACUUAAAUAAAACCAGUAUAUAAUA